AUGAAUAGCCCCGAAUAUGCUGCAAAAUGUGACGAGCUAGACGGACUUCUGAAGCGGUAUUGCGAUCACAAAAAGCAGCAAACAAAAUCUCUUCAAGAGCAACUGAAAGAAGAGGUGUCCACCAAUGUUGAGCUGAGAAAGUACAUUGCUUUUUUGGAAGGCAAACUACAAGCAGAGGGUGAGAAUGCCAAGCAAUCGGCCCGGCUGCUCGAUGAUAGAAAAAAGGAUGUUAAAGCUGCCUUGAUGGAGCGCGAGCGGCAUUUGGAUUCGCUUGCAGCAGAGUUGGAGUCGCGACUUCGUGUGGUUGAGCAACGCGAACGUGAGUGUGCCCAGUUUUCGACCGCCCUUGAAGAGAGGGAUCGACAGCACUGGGCAGACGUCAAAUCGUUCCAGAGGAUCAAAGCACUAUUCGAGGCAGGGCUGGUAGCGUCUAAGAAGACUGUGCGGGCAGUGCUGCAGCACAGCCGCUUUACGGAGGACUCACCCACUGAACUUCUCGAAGUUGUACCCGGCCCAGAUAGACUUCUGCUGGCGCGAGGGUGCGAUCUCGGCCUGAAGACCCGCUGCAUGGAGCAUGUUCUGCUUUUCGAAGGGGAUGAAUAUGCAGCACGCGUUGAUCUCCUCGCCGCUGAGAUAGAGGAGCGAGAAGGCCUCCUGUGCAGUUUCUUUGGCACCAGUGCAACUCAUCUAAACCGCCUUCUUGCCGAGCAACAGGAGCGCGAAAGACAGCUUCUCCGUGCUGAAGAUCUGCUGUGCCUGCAGCAAGUAGAUUUGGCGGGUCGCAUGCGCAAAGCGAUGGAUUUACAACGAGACAGUUGUGCUCAUGCGGCAAUGCAGCGGAAAGUGCUUGCGCUGCAGUGCAGAAGAGUUCUAAGGAGCGUUGGUGAUGUUGUCGGAUCCUUUUCAGGGCUUGACGUGGAAGCGGUGAUGUUAGAGUUAGAGAGCAGAAUUCAGGGAAUCCUGCAGGUGCCAAGCUCAGAUGCGAGCAACGAGUACUGA